GAAAAUUGCGCGGUCAGUAUCAAAACAUCCAAGCAUUUUGAUGCGAACACGUUGAAUUUAUUCUUUUUUGGGAUGGUGCAUCGGUUGGCUACUCUCAUCUUGUGUUUUGUGCUAUUCUCCAUUUGUGAGUGCGACCAAGCCUACACGUAUGAUUAUUUUCCACUGGAUCAUCAAAAGAAACGGAUUCCAUUCAGUGAAGUCAGCACAAGGUACCUCGAACCAAAAAAUACUUUACUGCCGUUUAAAACAAUAGAAGAAAUCGAACAGCCGGUAGAUUUGCUACGCGGUCGCUUUCAUGGUUUUGUGAAGCUGCUGACGAUGAACCGUGCAAACGUAUACGGUGUGAGCAGAGCGAUAGCGAACAUCAUACACUAUGUCGAAGGUGGCACAUUCAUACGGAUGUUUAACUCACGCUCGGCCUUCAGGAGGAACAAGUUUACUGACGUGUUGAUUUGGUGGCGCUAUUUCUAUCUCUGUCUGACUACGUACAACUUCAGGAAACAUUACGGACCGUGCACGGACGGGUUUAUGAUUCGCGGGAAUAACAGUUACAUAUCCCUUUUGGAUUGGGAUCCUGAGCGUGACAUACCACUGCUUCCACUUGGUCAGGAUAUGCUCCUCAUUCUGUUCAAUCUUGGUCUAUGCCAGAAUUUUCACCACACGAUGCCUUUUCUGUGCCCUGCACCUUGUCUGGGUCGUCUCAGAUCUGGAGUGACUAUGGAGGGUCAGCUACCUUCGGAAGAUGGUAAUCCAUGCGAACUGCAAUCAAACACCCGUACUGCAACUUGCCUGACGAGGCGAACCUGGAGCGUGUAUAUUUAUCAACUGUUUUCGGAGUUGGUCAAUCCAACGACAUGGUAUCGUCUACCCGGUGAAAAUUUCUUGAAGUGGCUAACCGAUGAGAGUGGCUACGUUUGUGAUUGUGAGGAGCGUUAUCAUUGGGUGGACACCUCGAUGCGGUGUGAGCGCACAACAGAAUGGAUUGAUCGGUGCAAUCUGGGCAACGGAACCAGAAUGGGUCCUUGCGACCAAAAUGGAACGCAUCAGUGCACAACAGAUCAAUAUGCUGGAACUGCUUACUGCGAGUGCAAUCAGGGCUAUUACGGGGUGCGAUGUAAACACCGACUGGAUGCCUGCAAAAUGAAACUGGUCACGUACCUCUACAAAGAUCCAAUAACGGGAAAGACCAAAAGAAAAACUGCGACCGGUAUGGAAAUGUGUAACACGAACAUGUCAGGAAUAUCAGUACCGCAGCCGUCAUCGGAAUUCGCAAAUGACGAAGAUUAUCGCUCCCUUUGUAUUCCCUCGUUGGGUACAACAGGGUACCGAUGCAAAUGUAAGGAACCAUUCAUGGAAGACCCAACUCACCCCAUGCCAAACUGUCUUAAGCGUAUCGGACCUUGUGACGAUAAAUUAUGUUUGCAUGGAACUUGUGUCGCCACGUCCGGGCCCAACGCGACCAGCAUAUGCGUUUGUAAUCCAGGUUACGAUGGAGAAAUGUGCGAAUACCGGGCGGAACAUUGGAGCGUCUGGUCCGAAUGCCUGCCAAUAUGUGGUCACAACCGAACGCGAACAAGAAGACGGUCAACAACACUUCGAGAUCCAACACCGUGGGAGCCGUAUUUUGAUGAAUUAGCCGGUGUACCCACGCGUAUGUCGGACAGAGAAAUGAAAUCUCUACCGGGUGUUCUGAUCCAGACGGAGACAUGUCCACCUCGAACUGGGUCGCAAUGUCCCUUUUCCCCAAGUAGUCCGAAUUACCAGACGAUGGCGCAAACCGAUCCGGGCCUACUGGAACUCCAGGCCUACUUGAGUUUGGCUAUUAGUGUUCUGUUGCUGUUGAUUGGAAUAAGUGCUUGUAUCACUCGGAUGACUCGAAGCUACAAGGCUGCCUAGUUGAAGCAAUUCCCAGUGACGCCAGAGGACGAACGCUCAGAUAAUGCCUUACAAGUCUAACUAAUUUUAUGCCAUGUAUUCUCAAAAUUUGUUGGAACCGUUUCUUCAUGUGUAAAUACAUAACAUUUGAUGUGCA